AUGUUUUCACAGACAAAAGACGAACUCAAAGACAGGCUCUUUGGCAAAUCUAAGGCUUCUCAAAAGUCUCUCACAAAAGAGAACACCAAGCCACAGGAAAUCAAACUUCGUACUCAAGAAAGAGCCCUCAAACGCGCCAUGUUUAACUACGAGGUUGCAACCAAGUUGUAUAUCAUAGAGCAACAGAAAAAACAAGCAGAGAAGUUGCAGAAGAUGAUAGAAGAGGAAGAGAUUCGUUUGUUAAGAAAGGAGAUGAUUCCGAGAGCUCAGUUGAUGCCUUUCUUCGAUAGACCCUUCUUUCCACAAAGAUCAAACAGGCCCUUGACAGUUCCUAGAGACCCAAGUUUCCGCAUCGUGAGCGGCAAGUGCGGAACCCGCAUCUCUUCCGGUGGACUCUAUGAUUUUCAAGGGAGUCAAGGUCUGAAGCCCAUCAGAUAAGAGCAUAGCCUACCGGAAAAGCUUGUCAAUUACGUACUCCUCAUGCUUGUUCAUGCAUACUACUAAGUACAAUGUAGUCGUAGAAAGCUUCUACUUUACUUUCUGUACGUAGUUGUCAUAUGCUACGUCGUCGUCUAUAGGGAGUUAAUAUUAGUGAGAAUUACCUAGUUUUUUUUUCUUUUUUUCUUUCUUUCUUCUUUUGUGGGUGUUGUUUCUAUGG